GUCUGUUUCCUGUGCAUUCGUGGUGUGGAGGAUCCAAAACAUCGGCGCAGGCGGGUGGGGUGGCACGAAGCAGCCCUUUGGCUGGGAAUUCCUGGAAUCUGGAAAGCAUCAAUUAAUUGAAAAUGACGAGGGGAAACCAACGGGAACUUGCUCGUCAGAAAAACGCCAAAAAGCAGACUGAUAUGAGCAAGGGAAAGAGGAAUGAAGACGGUCUGUCUGCUGCCGCGCGCAAGCAGAGGGAUGCAGAAAUAAUGCAACAGAAGCAGAAAAAGGCCAAUGAGAAAGCAGAUACGAAACCCAAAUAACUGCAAGAAGCAGAGCGUCUGUCACGCUUUUUCACCCAGUGACAUUAUUCUUGCUGUUAACAAAAUGGAUCUUUUUUUUUUUUAGUCUGGGUUACAGAGUAUAGAUCACUUACAUACUUAUCUUUCCUAUGGGGGACUGUAUGGUGUCUGGCUUUUGGAAGGUGUAUUUGUCCCUCUGUCUGUGAGAUUAAGUAGAAGAGGUUCUGAAUCAUGUUUCAAAUGCUGACCCAGCUGUCAGAUCAUGACAAAAAAGGUUUCACUCCUAUGAACAAUGCUUCCAGAGUAAAGAAUAAGAAAGAAAAAGACUUACAGGCUGGGAUCUACAUAACCGUAACUUGUAUUUUUGUAUCAAACUGUUGCCCCCCAACUUG